GGCUCCGUUUGAAUUUAUUUUACUUUUAACGACUCUAUUCUAAUCGUCUCUUUCUUCCAAGUCUCUCUCUCCUUUUCUCUGUAAUCAGAAUUCCUUCAUCAAAAACCCUAGACGAAGCCGACGGCGACGAGGAUUUAACCUGAAAACGAUGAAGUUGAAGAAGCCAUUGAAGCAGCUGAAGCUCUCUGUUCCUGUUCAAGAAACCGCAAUCAACUCCUUCCUGACUGCGAGUGGAACAUUUCAUGACGGUGAUUUACUUUUAAAUCAGAAAGGCCUGCGACUUAUUUCUGAGAAAAAGGAAUCUCGACCCUCUGAUGUUAAGGAGCUUGAUUUUGAAAUUUCAUUGGAAGAUCUUGAGACAAUCAAAGUCAUUGGGAAGGGGAGUGGUGGUGUAGUACAACUUGUUCGCCAUAAAUGGGUUGGAAGGUUAUUUGCAUUGAAGGUAAUUCAGAUGAACAUACAAGAGGAAAUUCGUAAGCAGAUUGUGCAGGAGCUGAAAAUUAAUCAAGCAUCACAAUGUCCAUUUGUUGUAGUUUGCUACCACUCAUUCUAUCACAAUGGAGCCAUAUCACUUGUGCUAGAAUACAUGGAUCGUGGAUCUUUGGCAGAUGUUGUCAGACAAGUCAAGACAAUUCUCGAACCAUACCUUGCAGUUGUGUGUAAGCAGGUUUUACAAGGCCUUGUUUAUUUGCACAAUGAAAGGCAUGUAAUACACAGGGACAUAAAACCAUCUAAUCUACUUGUCAACCAUAAAGGAGAAGUCAAGAUUACUGAUUUUGGUGUCAGUGCAAUGCUUGCUAGCUCAAUGGGCCAAAGAGAUACAUUCGUUGGAACCUACAACUACAUGUCGCCUGAGAGAAUUAGUGGGGAAAAAUAUGACUAUAGCAGUGACAUCUGGAGUUUGGGACUGGUAGUACUUGAGUGUGCCAUUGGUCGAUUUCCUUAUAUUCAAUCUGAAGAUCAACAAAGUGGGCCAACCUUUUAUGAGCUUUUGGAUGCAAUUGUGAGAAGUCCACCACCAUCUGCUCCACCAGAUCAGUUCUCCCCAGAAUUCUGUUCAUUUGUAUCAGCCUGCAUACAGAAGAACCCCCAAGAUAGAGCAUCUUCUUUGGACCUCUUGAGUCACCCUUUCAUCAAAAAGUUUGAAGAUAAAGACAUUGAUCUAGGAAUAUUAGUAGGUAGCCUGGAACCUCCUGUGAAUUAUCCAAGAUAGAAUUCCAUUUUAUCAUAUGAUACAUAUGAGUACAAUAUGUUCUUACCUCUGUAUCUGUUAUCAUUUUGUUGAGUUAAAUAUCUCCUAUAUGAAACAAAUAUUAGCUGCAAUCUAAUUAAUUCUUUUUAAACAA